GCCCGUGAUGGGGCCAGAUGCCGAAUUGGGUGGUGAACGGGGAUCGGGGAGGGAAACCCUGCCGGCGGGAUGGAGCUGCGGGAGAUAGGCUUGAGAAAGUGCUGGGACGCCGGCCGGAAUCAGCCAGGACCGUCCGAAAACCCACAUUCCCGCGGGGCACGCAGGAGCAGCGUAGGCGCGGGAGCCCUACCUGGCGGGGCGGCGGGCGCAGGACCCGGCCCUUCCGCGCUCGGUCUCCCGAGCGACGGGAACUGAAAGCGAAAGUGGAACCUGCCCGCCUCCAGUUUAGGCUUCCCGUUGCACGAGCAUCUCCUCCGCGCCAUGGCAAGUCGCUCUCCUUGGGGUCGCGGUGCAGGGAGGCUCGCCGAGGGUCCCAGAGCUCGAGUACCUCGCGAUCGCGCGCCCCGAAGUGGCCGUCGCGGGUGUGGCAGGCAUCAGCAUUGAAGAUCAGAGACCCCACAGUUUCUGAGAGAACAAUUGUAGUCUCCGGUCUUCCCGUUGGCCUUUUAAAAGACCAGCUAAUAAAGCGUUACUUCCAAAACGAGGGCGGACACGUGGAAGAGGUGAUAUAUCCAUCAAGAACCAAAGGGGUUGCAUAUAUCAUAUUCAAAGAAAAGAAAGUUGCACAGAAUAUCAUCAGACAAAGGAAAUACCCUCUGGCCGCAAAGCCUCAGCUCACGAUCUCUCACUUCAGUGAAAAGGUCUUCAACUAUGUGAUGGCUAUUCUGGAUCUGUCUGUUUUUCGGACUCAAAUUGUGCUAGAAAGCCUCAUAAUGGAUCUGAAAAAGAAAAUCCCAACUUUAAACUUCAGCCCAUUGGGACCCAGUGGGAAAAUCUCUGUGCAAGGCUCAUUUGUGGCUAUCAUGAAGCUUAAGCAGGCUUUGGUAUCAAAAGCCAUUUCCCCUUUAGAAAACCACAAGAGGUAUGCCGGUGAAAGGAGAAAUCAGAAUAGACAGAACCCUGGAGGUGUUCCCCAGAGAAGCAAGAACUCUGCAGCAGCCCCUGGGACCUCUGUACCCAAGGCUGCCAGAAGUCGAGGGACACUCGUGCUGGAUACGGAUAUUUUCUUUUACCUGAAACACAAGUGUGAGUUUUAUGAGCUAACGCUGAACAAAUACCAUAUCCUGUGUCAGGAGAGGGUGGAUGGUGACGUCACCACUAUUUGUCUACAAGAUGCUCACGGUGGGUCUCACCCCAGCCAUGUCAGACAUGUGAAGGAGCUCAUUGAGAAGUGGGCCCAGGAGCUCCACCUUGAGCUCAGAAAAGAGACACUGGUUCUAGAAGGAAGGGGAGAUAGAGAGAAAAGAAAUAUUAAGCGGGCUUGUGAACAGCUGUGUUACAGAUAUCUUAGAGUUUUGAUUAAUCUUCACAGCACACAUAUCGACAUUAUAGGACCUUCUUCUGACACGCUCCUAUUCAAGACAGAGCUCGUAAAGUGUGCAAGACAAAAGGUCACUGAAGGCCGGGCCAGAUCCAAGAUAAAUGAUAAAUAGGUGUUUAUUAGGGAAGGACUUACACAGAUAAGAGUAAUAAUAGCAGCGGUCUUCCUGCUCCAGAAGAUGCGGUCUCUACUCUUCUGAUGCCCUCUGCUACCCACUCAUGGAGCCGGCCCCUCCUCUACCUUAUUAAUGGGUCAUGGCUGCACCUGAACCACACCCAAAGGGUGUGGCCACCACACUACAAGUUCACUUGCAAGGCAAGAGCCACUACAGGUCACCUGAAGUCUCAGCCACAGUUAUGGUUGCUUUUCCCCUGACUGAGAAGUGACUGUGCCUGCUUUUCACGUUAUCUAAUUUUCAUGGUGUAUAUCAUUGUCUUCAUGUUAUAGGAGGAGAAGAUAGGACUUAGGGGACUUAAAAAUACUUAUCCAAAGUUACCCAGCUGACAAGGAAUGGGACUGGCAUUGGAUGCAAAAAUAAUACCUAAAUCAAACUGUCAAAACCAAACCAAACCAAACCAAACCCAAAUCAAUAACAACAACAAAAAAGUCACUAAACUUUGAAGAAAUCUCACUUUCUCUGCAACUACAAAUUAUUAGAACUAGAAAUCUUUCCCCUGACUUAGGUUCAUAUCAUUAUCGUGAUGUUGUUCAUUUCUCAGGGUUUAUGUUCACUCCAUACAGUGUUAGAACCUGGGAACGGAGUGGUUCUGUUUGAAUUGUAAGUAAUUGUGGGAGAAAUUUGUGUGCUUGUGGUUGUAGAUGAUUCUUGUUUUAUAAUGGUGUGUCAUCCAGACGUUUAAGGUCAAAACAUUGUGAGUCCAAAACAAAAAAAUAAUGCCUUAAGACCAUGUAACUUGUAGAACAUCCUAACUUUGCUACACUGUCCUGGUGGCCAUGCUGACUGACAGCCUGAGCUCGCUCAGCACUGCUGGAGAACAUGGCACUGCAUCACUAGUGGAAAAGACUCACUGUCUGGAGUACAGUUUCUACUGGCUAUAUAUUCCUAUUGCACCACAAUAAAGAAAAAUUUACAGAAAAAUUAAA